AUCGAAUCAAAUUUGUACCACGUGCAAUGUGACAUACAUGAUACAUGAUCCACGUGCAUUUCUGUAGUUAAUUUAAUACUUAGCAUUUUUAUAAAAAAUUGUACAUAUUUGUAUUAUAAAUAUUAAUGUAAAUAUAUAAUCAGAAAAUGAAUGUAAUACCGUGUGCAACUUGGGUGAGAAGAGGUGUUGCGUCUACGAAUCCUCAGAAGGUUGAACUGACACCUAAAGAAUUAGAACAGAUUAUAAAACAAACACAGUCCGAAUUACAAGAUGCUGAAAGUGAUGAAGAACAGGACAAUGUUGUGGAACAAAAAAUGGACACAAAAUCUGAACUUGAUACAUGCGAAACUGAUGAAUAUAACUUUGACAAAUAUGAUGAAGAAUCAAGUAAUAUACAUUGUAAUAUUAAAAAUAUUGCAAGUUUCGGAGAAGAUGGUCAAGAUCCCUUUGUGACAGGGGAUGAUGAUGAUUCAGAAAAGGAAGAUGAUGCUAUAAAAAGUGAUGACAAUCUUGUAUUAGUUGGACAUGUUGAUGGAGAUGCUAGUAUUUUAGAAGUAUUUGUUUAUAAUGAAGCUGAAGGUUCAUUUUAUUGUCAUCAUGACAUACUGUUACCAUCGUUCCCACUGUGUAUGGAAUGGCUCAAUUUUGAUCCCACAGAUUCAAAACCAAGUAAUUUAUGUGCAAUUGGUAAUAUGACUCCUAUAAUAGAUGUAUGGGAUUUGGAUUUAAUAGACUGUUUAGAACCAGCUUAUAAACUUGGUCGCAAGGCAAAUAAGAAAAAAAAUCAAAAACGUGUUGGACACAAAGAUGCUGUAUUAGAUUUGGCAUGGAAUGAAAAUUAUGUACAUGUACUUGCUAGUGGAUCAGCUGAUCAAACAGUUCUUUUGUGGGAUUUAGAAAAUGGAACACCUGUCAAUAAAUUUGAUUCUUUUGAUGAAAAAGUUCAAUCAUUACAAUGGCAUCCAACAGAAACACAUCAGUUAUUAACAGGAUGUGCAGAUAAGAUCGUGAGAUUAUUUGACUGUAGAUACGAAUCACUUAUGAAAUAUUGGGAAGCAGCAGGAGAAAUAGAGAGGGUGUUAUGGAAUCGUUUUGAUUCUAAUUAUUUAAUAGCAAGUACCGACAAUGGAUACAUACACUAUAUUGAUAUAAGAGAAGAUAAACCAAUCUGGAGUAUACAAGCUCAUACAAAAGAAGUUACAGGCUUAUCUCUUAGCUCGUCGUGUUGUGGUCUUCUUGUUACGUCGGCAAAUGACGGUAUAAUAAAGGUAUGGGACAUUAUUAGUAACACAGAACCAGAACUUAUUUUUGAGAAAAAAAGUAAUCUUGGUGCUCUACUAUGUCUAACAUCAAAUCCGGAUAAUCCUUUUGUAUUUGCUGCUGGGGGAGAUAACAAGUCAUGCAAUUUUAAAGUAUUUGACUUCUUGGAUAUUUCGGAAGUACGCGAAAGAUUUCAAACUAGAAUAAAUGUACAAAACGGAAAUAACAGUACUGCGAUAAAUCGACAAAAUGACACGGGAGAAAUGGUUGAUGUAACUGAAUAUAUGGAUUCAAUGAUUCUUAACGCGCACGGAUCUGAACAUAAGAAAUACAAUAAAUAAAACAGUGAAGUCUUGAUGAUGAAUUCGAUAAAGACUGCAAAGUAAAGGUAUGGUACUCGUAUUUUAUUACUUGUACAUUAUUGUGAUAUAAAUAAAACACUAGAAAAAAAAUA